UGCCAUUACCGGUAGUUCCCCUCCCAAUUCCCCCCUUUGGUCUUCCUUCGAUCUUGCAUGAAUACCCCUCCCCGGCCUCCCCAAGCUUGAUAUCGGAAUACAGAGAGCGAAAGGAGAAGGCGACGCGAUGGUGAAGCUCUACGUGAAGACGGUGCCGCCCCCGGAUCUGAACAAAAACACCGAAUGGUUCAUGUACCCCGGCGUCUGGACCACCUACAUACUCAUCCUCUUCUUCUGCUGGCUCCUCGUGCUCUCCGUCGUCGGCUGCACCCCCGGCAUGGCAUGGACCGCUGUCAAUCUCUUGCACUUUGCGGUUACCUAUUACUUCUUCCAUUGGAAAAAGGGCACUCCCUUUGCUGAAGACCAAGGUAUCUAUAACAACUUGACCUGGUGGGAGCAGAUGGAUGAUGGCAGGCAACUAACCCGUAACAGGAAAUUCUUGAUUGUUGUACCUGUUGUCCUGUAUCUGAUAGCCUCGCACACAACGGACUACCGACAUCCAAUGCUGUUCCUGAAUACACUUGCGGUAGCCAUACUGGUAAUUGCCAAGUUCCCAAACAUGCACAAGGUCCGCAUAUUUGGGAUCAAUGGAUGACUUGUGCUGCAUCACCACCCCAUAUAUAACUUGAUUGUUAUCUUUUUCAUUGAUAACUAGGCCAGUAGGUAAUACCUAACAUUAGUCCAAGGCCACAGUCAUAGUUUGUGUUAGUGUACAGUACUAGUGUUCUGUAUUCUCUUUAUGAAUUUUCCAUAUCAACAAAGUGUUCAUUGGGUAUAAAUAUAAAUUUUUCUUC